UAAAUACCACGGGCAGCAUUUGGUUUGCCAUUUAGAUGCGUCAUUGUCUGUGUGAAUGACCGCCUUAAAUGUUUUGCUUGGGGAAAUUGUGUCAAAUGAUGCGACGUCGUAUUGCAGUGCCCUAUCGCCCUGUUUAAAUUCUUCCUAAUUGAAAUUGGGGCAAAUUGACUAGAGCUUGAAACCCACAUAUUGUUCCGAUAUCCCUCAUUCUCCCGUUCUCCGGGUUUCCACCGUCAAAUCGCCCGAAGCCAUCUGCAAGCCCCUGACCGUCUGUUUUAACGGCCGAUUUCCAAUUGGUUUCGAGGUCGGUGCAUCUUGUUCUCUUUUAAUCUGAAUGUUUGAUCUUCGAGGACCACUCUACCGAGGUUUCGUCGUCUGUAAUCGUUAGCAAAACUGUCGGCAGUUAGCCGAUUGUUUCAGUGGGUUGUAAAAUUGAUGUGCAUAACGCAUGACUGAAACUCGUCCUUGAUUUGGAAUUCUCCUCAUUAUUCAUCUCCGUACUUCAGCCGCCUAGAAUCCCCACCCCGCGAACGGUUUUUGCUCAAUCUCGGUGCUCGUCCAGUGUACAAAAGAUGGAUGAAGAUCAAGAAAUGGAGAAGUUUGGGAUGGACAAGGACUUCGAGGACGGGCAAUGGAUUGAUGGAGAAUUUUAUUAUGCAAAGCGUAAACAAAAACGAACCCAGACGAGAGAUGAUGUGGUUUAUGGGGUUUUUGCUGGGGAUAGUAGUGAUUCGGAUUAUGAGGGUUUAGGAUCUUCAAAGAAGCGGAGGAAGAACAGAGGUCUAAUCAGCAAGGCUGACUUCACAAAGCCUGUUAAUUUUAUUUCUACUGGUACUGUAAUGCCUGGUGAAGACAUUGAGAAGAAAUCGGAAAAAGAGUUGUUAGAUGAUGAGGAUGUCGAUAAAAAGCCACGCGGGCUUGGUUUUGACUCAGUUUCUUCUUCCAGGACUAAUUUGGAUGAGGAUGGGAAUUACAUAAAUGAGGAAGAUGACUUCUUGCCAACUGCAUUUGGGAAAAAAAUCAAAGAAGGAGCUGAAUUACGGCGUGAGAGACAAAAGGAGAAGUCCUCGCAAGCAAAUAAGUCUUUUAAAAUUGAGAGGAAAGAUUUCAACUCAGGUGAUCUUGGUGCAUUUGAGAAGCAUACUAAGGGAAUUGGUAUGAAAUUGUUGGAAAAGAUGGGUUACAAAGGGCGUGGCUUAGGUAAGAAUGAGCAAGGAAUUACAGCUCCUAUUGAGGCUAAGUUGCGGCCCAAGGGCUCUGGGCUGGGUGUAGAGACGAAGCCGGUACUGAAGCAGAAAGAAGAGAAUUCUGUUCCGCGUGUUGUGCAGGCUACUGAGGCUCAUGUGAAGGAGAAGCUUUGGUCUAAGAAAACUAGGGUUAAGAAGGUUUAUAUUACUGCUGAAGAGUUGUUGCAAAAGAAGCACGAGGAAAAUAUUGAUCGUGUGCAGAAAGUUUUUGACAUGAGGGGUCCUCAGGUCCGUGUCUUGACAAACUUGGAAAAUUUGAAUGCAGAGGAGGUAGCAAGAGAGAAUGACAUCCCCAUGCCUGAGCUACAGCACAAUAUCAAACUUAUAUUGGAUUCAGUAGAACUUGACAUCCAGAAAAUUGGGCGAGACUUGACUAAUGAGAGGGAGACUGUUGCAAGUCUACAAUUGGAGAAAAGUAAAAUUCAGAGUGAGAAGUCUAAGCAGGAGAAGCAGCUGGAGAAUAUGCGAGAAAUAAUUAGGGUUAUGGAGCGGGUAGAAGAGGAGAGCUCUUUAGGUACACUUACUCUUGAGUCUCUUGCACACUCAUUCUUGGAUGUGCAGCAAAAAUAUGCAGAUGAUUAUAAACUUUGCAAUUUACCAUGCAUUGCAUGUGGAUAUGCUCUUCCAUUGUUUAUUAGAGUAUUUCAGGGGUGGGAUCCUCUUCAGAACCCAACCCAUGGUCAAGAAAUAGUGUCUCGAUGGAGAAUCCUUCUGGAAGAAGACUCUCAGAAUAUCUUUGGUACCACAUCUCCAUACACGCAACUGAUUAUGGAAGUUGUGUUUCCUGCCGUGAGAAUUUGUGGAACAAACACGUGGCGAGCAAGAGAUCCCGAGCCAAUGCUUCGGUUUCUUGAUUCCUGGGAAAGGCUUCUGCCGCCUGUUGUCCUUCAGAAUAUUUUGGAUGCCAUUAUCAUGCCAAAAAUAAUAUCAGCGGUCAACUCCUGGGAUCCUCGUCUUGAAACAAUGCCAAUCCAUUCCUGGAUUCAUCCAUGGCUACCGUUAUUGGGAACCAAACUGGAGCCUUGCUACCAAACAAUUCGUGAUAGGUUGGAAAGUGUUCUACAUGCAUGGCAUCCCAGUGAUAUAUCAGCACAAUACAUUCUUUCACCUUGGAAGAACGUGUUUGAUGCUGCUAGUUGGAAUAAACUUAUGGUCCGAUAUAUAGUUCCAAAAUUAUUGACUGUCAUGCAGGAGUUCCAAAUAAAUCCAGCGAACCAGUCACUUGAUCAAUUCAUUUGGGUUCGGAAUUGGGCUACCACCAUUCCCAUUCAGCACAUGAUUGUUAUAAUGGAGGUUUUCUUCACAAAGUGGUAUGCAGUAUUGCAUCAAUGGCUGAAUUCAAAACCCGACCUUGAUCAAGUUGGUAAAUGGUACAUGGGUUGGAAGAAUCAGCUUCCUGAUGAACUUUUAGCUAAUGAGCACAUUCGUGCUAGACUUUUUGAUGGUCUUCAAAUGAUGAACGCAGCUGCUGAAGGCAUGAAAGUUGAACCGCCUGGAUUGGCAGAACAGAUUGCGUACCAAAAGAAAGUUGAAGAGAGGCAGUUUGAAAGAGCAGCUGCUCAGGCUCGUGUGCAAGUAAGUGAUGGACCUGAACCGACCUUGAAAGAAAUUAUUGAACGGUUUGCGCAGGACAAUGGUUUGCCGUUCAUAAUAAAACCUGGGAGAAUGCAAGAUGGUCUUCAAGUAUACGGGUUUGGUAAUGUUAAUAUCAUUAUUGAUUCCCAUAAUCAAAAGUGUUUUGCACAAAUGGAGAGUCGAUGGGUAUUGUCAUCGCUGGAGCAGUUGUUGGAUCUGCAUAAUCGUGCUAGUUUAAAGAGACGUUGAGUGCAAUAGCGCACAGACCAUGUUUAAUGUAGGAAAGUUUUGUCGUCGUUGCGGCAGAUAUAAGAUGGCAUUUCAGAUGGUUGUAUUUGAAUAAUUCUCUGACGAAAGUAGUGGUUUGAUGAUCCAAAAAUUUUGUUCAUUUGAUUUUCUUGUUAUACAUUUUGAAUAUGAUAUGCUUUUCUGGAGAUCGAUAUCAAUUCUUUCUACUUUCUCUCCGAAAAAUUAUUGUCCAGU